AUGACUAGCCUUGUCGAGCUCCUGGCCGCCGUCUGCCUUGUCUGGGCCGUCGUCGUCGUUCUCGUCCAGACUGUCGGCAUCACGGCCAUAUUCGUCAAGUUCAAAGAACGAAACCCGCCGUCCGUAUCGUCCACGCUCGAGGAUGCGCCCAGCGUCACCAUCAUCCGGCCGGUCAAGGGCCUCGAGCCCUGCCUCUACGAAUGCAUAGCCUCGACCUUUCGCCAGGACUACCGACGCCAAAAGGUCUCCAUCCGCCUAUGCAUACAAGACACCACCGACCCCGCCUACCCGGUCCUGCAGCAGCUGAUCAAGGACUUUCCCGACUACGAUGCGCAGAUACUGGUCGAGGCCGAGGAUCCCGUCCUGCACGGCGCCCAAGGCCGCGUCAACAUGCUGGGCCCGAACCCAAAGAUUCGCAACAUCAGCAGGGCCUACCGCGAGGCGCCCGGCGACGUCAUAUGGAUCAUCGACUGCAACGUCUGGGUUGCGAGCGGCGUCUUGGGGCGCAUGGUGGACACGCUCAUGGGCUAUUCCGCCCCUGACGCACCCGCGCGUAAACCGUACAAGUUCGUCCACCAGCUGCCGCUUGUUGUCGACGUCGUCGACUUCCAGCACAGCGCUACAGCCGAGAACCAGAAAUUCCUGGGGUUAGCUGCCGCGGACACGCCGGCCAACGAGCCUCUAUGGCGCCGGCUGUGGAGGAACGGCGGCGGCCGUCUCGACGAAAUGUUCAUGGCGACGACGCACGUCAAGUUCUACGGCGCCAUCAACGUCGUGGGCGUCGCGCCUUGCAUCGUCGGCAAGAGCAACAUGUUCCGUAAGGCUCAUCUGGACCACGUCACUGAUCCCGCGCGAAAUCCCCUUCUCCCGGCAAACGAGGGACGUCCGCGCGGCGUCGACUACUUCUCGCACAACAUCUGCGAGGACCAUCUGAUCGGGGACCUCCUCUGGCGCUCCAACAUCCCGGGCUUCCUGAACCACGGCAUCGCCUGGGGCGACCUGGUGCUGCAGCCCAUGGCAGGCAUGUCCGUGUCCGCCUACGCCGCCCGGCGCGUCCGAUGGCUGCGCGCGAGGAAGUUCACCGUGCUGGCGGCUACGCUGGUCGAGCCAGGUGUCGAGUCGGUGCUCUGCUGCGCAUAUCUUGCCUUUGGCCUAACGACGCUGCCGGGGUGCGCUCGGCUGCUCGGCAUCCCCCAGACGUGGACGGCCAUGGGCUUCAUCUGGCUUGCGUCCAUGUUGGCCUGGAUGAUGGUCGACUGGCGUACCUUUAAGCACCUACACACAGGCUGCACGAUUGAAACCGACCAGAACACGCCCAAGUUUGCCUUUGGGUCAGCUAGUCCACUCGGUCUUCCAAGGCGGCGCUUCGUAGAGUUCCUGCCGGCAUGGAUCGCACGAGAAGCGCUCGCUCUGCCGAUCUGGACGCGGGCGGUGCUGCUCGGCACGACGGUCAACUGGCGCGGAAAAGUCUUCCACGUCCGUCUGGACACGACGGUCGAAGAGGUUUCGAGCGACAAGACGCCGGCGAGGUUGACGAGGACGCCGGAGUUGGAGAGGGCGAGACAGGGAGACAAUUAG